AUGGUGGGAGGAACUCCAAGCUCAGAGCUCAGAGAAACUGCCAUUAGUUACGGCUGUGCUGCUCUUGUCUCUACCGAACCUCAAACUUUGUUUGCUAUCCAUAUUCCAACCAAGGUUUCUAAAGCAUUGAAAGAUCCUAAGUGGAUCCAAGCUAUAAAAGAGGAGAUGAAAGCUCUUGAGAAAAAUUAG